AUGUUUACGCGGAAGUUUCAGGGCACCAUCCUGAACUCGGAGGGCCACAACGUGCCAAAGGAGGACGCGCCAGAGGAGCCGCACAAGAUGACAUUCUGGCACUCCUACAUUGAUCCCUCGCAUAGCAACAAGGAGCGCCCUGUGGUUGACGUCUCCGCCCCGUACAACCCACUAGAUGAGACGCAUCAGGCGCGGAAAUUCGGUGUGCAAAAGCUCCCGUACGGCUUCAUCUCCAUGAACGCCUUCACUGGCGUAAAGGAGGAGGUGCCGUACACGGACUCGAUGCACACAUGCGAGUGUGUGAAGUGGUGGAUGGGGGGCCUCAAUAUUUGGUAUAUUAAUUGGUUUCUGGCCCGUGCGUCAAACUCGUUUGGGGCCGUGGGGAAUCCACGGACAAAGUUUGCGUGGAACAUAGCGCUUUUACUUGGGGUGCUGCGCACCAACAUCGCCGGCCUGAUUGGGAUUGGGGGCUACUUCUACUCCUACGAGUGGCUCUACACCUAUGGGCCGUGGCCCUUCCGCAUUAGUGACCCAAGCUUGAACGGCUGGAAGCGGGCGUGGGAUGAGGGUCAGGGGUGCUACAUGGCUCGCGCCGCCGCAAGCAUCUUUCCUCCACUAGGUUACGCCUUCUUCAUGGGGCGCUGGAAGAAGACAAGUUUCUGGUUUGUGUUGACGCUGCUGGGAGGUCUGCAGUACGAGUACGCGCGGCAGUACAUCGCCUCCGGCAACCGCCUCUUUUACAGCUUCCAGGCGAACAAGGAGAUCAACCGCCAGGCCAACUGGGGAUCGCUGAUGCCAGUCCUGGCGCACCGCGUAGACCCCGACACGAACCGCAACGCUAGCGUCGCGCAGUUCCGCUACUUUCGCAUCACCAGCGGCACAAUGCAAGACACCAUAUGGGAGAAUGCGGUCCAUGAGAACCUGCCGCUCUAUCGCCGCGCGCUGCGGCUGCCAAACCCCUACUUCAACUGGCAGAAGGCCCCGCAGACAUACAACGACAGGCCGUAUGUUAGCAAAAACGACUUGUGGGAGAUGCCGCAGGUUAUGAGCGCCCAGAUGCGUUCGUCAACCAUGGACAGACCCUCAGCAAAUUCUAUAGCGUAG